CUUUCACAUUGGCCCGCCCACCCCUUCUCCCUCCUCCCUCUCUGGAAUCAGAAUAAUCCUCUAGAAUCUAUCCUCUUUUUCUCCUUUUUUUUUUUUUGCUUGAAUUGUCUCUGUAUUUACAGAUAUAUAGAUAUCUGUAAAUAUAUAGGAUUUUAGAGUUUAGAUUAUUGCUGUACAGAUUAUAAGGAAAAUCACCAUGUCCUCAGCGCCUGAAAUCGUUGGUCUGGAGCUCGUUCAGGGUCUUCAGGAUCUCGCAAUCCACGAACAGGCUGACAUGAAGGAGAAUUGUACAGAAGCAGUAGAGGAGAUUAACCAAGGGGUGUGUGACACUAACAAUAUUAACAUUAAUAACCAUCAUGGCGUCUGUGCAAUAUGUUUGAAUAAGAUUGUGCUUCAAGAAACAGCCCUUGUAAAAGGUUGCGAGCAUGGCUACUGUGUUACUUGCAUCUUGCGCUGGGCGUCUUGCAAAAAGGAACCAACAUGCCCUCAGUGUAAACAUCCAUUUGAGUUCCUCCCAAUUGUUGCUCUUUUGAACAGCAUCCAUGAUUAUAUGUUUGAGGAGAGCGUCUGCCUUCUUCUAAGAGCUGCAUGGUUUAAACCUUUGGUUGAAGUGGAAAAAGAGGAGAUGUUUGAAGUAGAAGAGUAUGAGUAUGACGAUGAGGAAGACGAUCUGGAUGAGGUUUACUUAGGUAGUUCCCCAAGUCUCCGUAUAGGUAAUCGACGAUGGGGAGACAACGGAUACGUUAGGGCAGGAAGACAAGAAGCAAGGCCAAUAGUUCGCCCUUCUGUCCUGGAUGCAGGUGCUGGUCCAUCCCAUCAGCGUAAGAAGAAGGAGACUCCUGCUAAAGAACUAGUUGGCCGACGUGCAAAAAGGGCUUUGAAGCGUGAAGCAGCGGACAAGGCUGCUGCAGCAAAGCAUCAACAACUCCUGGUGAGGUUGGGUCGUAAGUAGAUCAUUCUGCAGUGAAGAGAAUUUCACAAAGCCUGGAUCUAGGCAAAUCUGUACAGUAUUCCCUGCAUUACUCAAAUAAAGAUACUAGAUGUUGGAUUACAAAAACACGGGCUGUCUCAUGUUAUUGCCCAUUAUCGUCCCCUCCUAGGUUUAGUAUCUGUAGACUUAAGUACUGUAUAUUUUCUGCCUGUAAACUGGAUGUAAUGUUAGAUUCCUGUCUAAUCUCAUUUUUCUAUUAAUGGGUUA